AUGGUCUCGGCGGCGCCCUUCCUAACCUCCUGUUGGCACGCGUCGUCAGUCGUUAUCUGGGCGGAGGAUCGACUACAUAUGUUUACCACGAAUUUGCUUUCGCGCACUCGCCGCCCUUUUAUUCAAGAGGAGACCGAGACAUUUCCGCACAUGGCAGGUGUGUUGCCCAUCAGUGGUCGGGACAUUGAUUUGAAGGUACGUGUGCUGAAGGCGCCGCGAGCUGUCCCUCGACAGCCAGCAGUCAGUUUCUCACGACACCCAGAGCGCUGGCAUAUGGUAGAGGAGCUUAUCGAUGCAGCUUGCGAAGACAAUUCAUUGGGAGUUGCUUGGGACGCAGCGCUGGCCCACUUAGUGCUAGAGCUCCUGGGACAACGCGAUCUUGCCGAGGCUGAGGGCGAGCUCCACCGAGGCCAGGACGCCAAAUUGCGGUGGCAGCCGCCCUUGAGGCGUGGCGCGCGGUCGAUUGUGGACAUGACUUCAGCUGCGGCAGCCUGUUGGGCUCGGCAUCUCCGUAGGCAUCGUCAAGCCUUCAUCCGGCAGGUCACCGUGCUGCUGAUCGACGAGAUGCCAGAGCCCGGGGCCGACAAGGCUGCGAAGACGCUCGUCGAUAUCACCAGGUGUUGGGCUCGUGCUGCUGGCGUGGCCAUCUCAAUGAAGACUCCAUGCGUUUCCUGGCGAACGGCAUUGACUUCAUCGUUGGUAGGGGCACAGACACCAUGCUGGAUAGGAUGGAGGCCGAUGGCGCCAAGCGCCAAGCCAUGA